AUGGAUCGGCAUCAUGAUGAGAUUUAUGAGUCACCUUCUGUACCUUCAAUAACAGAUGACCAGAGCUCCUUAAUUGACGAAGGCUAUUGGCACGAUAAUGAUUUGGUAUUGGCCGCUGAAUUGGGUAAAGCUCUGCUUGAUAGAAAUCGAAAGUUAGAAUUAGCUUUAGAAAAAUCUAAAAGUACUGAGCAAGAAAAAGAUGCUGAAAUUGAAAUGUUCAAGAAAUAUCAAUCUUUAGACAAUAUGCAAAGAUUGUCAAGUACAAUUGCCACAUUAGAAGAACAAAUGGUUGUAUUAAUGGAAAGAUUAAAAAACUAUGAUCAUGAAACAGAAAUAUCUUAUCCAACUUUUUCUUCCACUUCCUCGCCAACUUCUACACCUUUCUCAACAUAUCGACGACAUGUGUUGCAAAUCAAUUCACCGACCUCUUCACCAUCCAUCAAAUCAAUGUUAUCAUCACCUAAGCAAAAUAAUACUACUCUUAAUUCUACUACUACUACUACUACUACUACUGCUGCUGCUAGUGACAUGAAUAAGCGUAACGAUUGCAUUCAUUACACUAAUACAUUAUUUUUAAAAAAUAUGCUCAAAUCAACUAUUUCAAAUCAAUAUCAUAGUGGUUCUUCUUCUUCUAAAGAAAAGAUGAAAUUAAAGCCAGCGAACUAUAACAUACGUAACAAAAGACAUGCCAGUCAAUAUAGUAGUGUUUCAUUAUUAACAGAAUAUCGUGAAAAAAGUGGUUUAUUCUUUAUUGAUGAUGAACUAUUCGAUCAACCAGAUAUUGGCAUUACUGCUGGCAGUCAUAAUGACCAUACUAAUAAUAAUCAUAAUAAUGCUGCUGGUAAUCAACAGAAAUUAUUACGAACAACUUCUACCUCCUCUUUUAUUUUACAAUCAACAUUUGAAAAUUAUUCACAUAAACAAUUAUCACAUAAUUUAUAUCAUAAAACACCUUGGAGGCGGUUGAUGAUGAGAUCGAAGAGAACAGGUGAAGAACAACAAUGUACCCUGUUAACGGAUCAUGAUGAUAAUGAUAAUACUGAUAAUCUUAAUGGUACUCUAUUGAAUACAUCUUCAAUCCUGCAUCGAACAUUCAGUUGGCCUCGUUUCAAUGAAAUGCUGUAUACUGAUCACGAAUCUAUCGAUUCACCUUGUAAUUCAGCCAAUUGUGAUAAUUCUUUACAGGACAUGUUAAGUCCUGAAAUGAAUUGUAAUUUAAUGGAAAAGAAAGCUAAUCAUGACAUAUCAACAUCUCCGAUACGUAAGGAUCAUCAAUAUGAGGAAUUUUCUAAUAGAUGUCAAGUCAAUUCACCAUCAGAGUCAACCACAUUAUCUAAGGAUAAUCAGGCUAACUGCUGUUCUUCUUUAUCAAAUGAAGCACAACACAAUGAUCAACUGAUAAAAACGGGUGAUAAUAAUGGUAAUAAUAAUCAGGAAUCCAAUAAGCGAGAAAAUUCUCCCGACAAUGAGUUUACUAACAAUAAUACUUUAACUAAAUUGAAUACAGAUUUAUCAAAUGCAGAAGUAAAACGGAGAGUUUCUGAUCAAAUUCAUGAUUUAUUAGAUGAUAUCAAUUUUGUCAGCUGUCUAGACCGUAUCUAUAAUCCACAUUUACGUUCACAAUAUCAAGAUGUAAUUAAUUCGAAUUAUCGGCCAGCUUAUAAGGAAUUAUUUUAUGAAGCUUUCAAUAUGUUGAAAAAUGUACGUGAUGGAAAAGAGUAUAAAACAACAACUUAAACAUUUUUCUUAAACAUUUUAGACAAUUUGCCCAAUACUACAUACAAAUCAUGAUAAUACUGAUGUUAUUUUUUUUUCAAUAGUUCUUCCUAUUGUGUUCGUUUUUCGAAGUUUUCCAAUUUUUUUUUAUUUCUUCAAGUUUCAUAAUUUGUUAGAUUUGUGUUUUGAUUUCUUCAGUUUUUAUUCUCGUUAAUACACAUAUUAGUCAUUCGUCUUUCGUAAUAGACCAGUAUCAUUUUUUUUAAAGUUUCGUUAAAAUGAUCAUUUGUCUAGUUUGUUCCAUGUGCAAUAAGUUGGAGAUAUAAUAAAUUUACUAAUUAUUAAAGAUCAUACCAUAUACAUAUAACCUGGCAUUCUAUUUUGUUCAUAUUCCAGCCAGAUGGUCUGAUCGAUAAAUAAACAAUUUUUUAUUCUUGUUUUAAUUAACUGUUUUCCGAAAGUUUAUGUAUAUAUUUAUAUAUAUUUAUCCCGAAUUAGAAGAAAUCAUCAUCAAUCAACAUUAAAACUGAUUUGUGGAAUAAUGAACUCGUCGAACUGAAAUGUGUGUAUAUCUUAUUUAUAAAAUGCCGUUUGUUUUUUAAUUUCAUCUUAAGCAUUUCUUUCAUUUCUUCUCUUUGCUCAUCGUUUUAACAAAGUGAAUCACAGUAUUCACCGUUAUCAUGUCAACAGCUGUCGAUUUUUGUCGAAAUCCGAUUCUCUGCUUUUUGUGUUGUAUAAAAAGGAUAAAUAUUCGAAAACCCAACUAUACAAAAUCCACAAUGGACACUUAUUUUGUUUCUUUUAUAAAAUAAGU